UUUAACAAUACAAAUUUUCAGAAUUAAACCAUGAGUGUUAUCGGAGUUCCCUUGAAGGUUCUUCAUGAAGCUGAAGGUCAUAUUGUCACAAUUGAAACCACCACAGGCGAGGUGUACAGAGGGAAACUUAUUGAAGCUGAAGACAACAUGAACAGUCAAAUGGCAAGUGUCACUGUCACUUUUAGGGAUGGACGUGUUGCUCAGUUAGAGCAUAUUUAUAUCCGAGGAUCUAAAGUCAGAUUCAUGAUUCUCCCGGACAUGUUGAAGAAUGCUCCCAUGCUUAAGAACAUGGCCACCAGGGGCCGGGGUGGUGGCGGAACUAGAGGAAAAUCCGCAAUCCUUGGAGCUCAAGCUGGAGCAGGAGGACGGGGACGUGGACGUGGAGGCCCUGGUGGUGAUAGAGGAGGUAGUCGAGGGGGAUUUGGAGGAAGCAGAGGAGGCGGAGGAUUCGGAAACCGAGGAGGGUUCGGCGGAGACAGAAGAUAAAUCCUGCUGCAUCAAGAAUGCAAAGAAAUCCACCAGAAAAAUACUUUUAGAUUGCGGAUUUUUUUUCAUAGAUUAUUCCGUUUUAAGACCUGCGUCCUGUAAUAAACGAUCUCCUUUUUUCAGA